AAGCGAGCGCAGAGCGACGAGAUUGACGUGUGGGUGUGAGCGGAAUUGACUGCUUGCGCCUGUCUGUUUACCGCGGGCUGCGGGGCGCGAGCGGGCGAUGAGCGCGCGGUGAAGGAGCGAGAGGCGGACGCAUCCAACUGUCGCCAUGACCAACGUAUAUUCUUUCGAUGGGCUCCUGGUCUUUGGCUUGCUUUUUAUAUGCACUUGUGCAUACUUAAAAAAAGUUCCACGGCUGAAUAAAUGGUUACUUUCUGAAAAGAAAGGGGUAUGGGGUGUAUUUUACAAAGCUGCAGUAAUAGGAACAAGGCUUCAUGUACCUGUUGCACUCUCUUGCCUUGUCACGGGAGUUUACGUUUUGUUUAUUAAAUGACACCGGUAGUUCAAAGUUGACCCUGACUCUGAGAGGAACAAUACAUUUUGCAGAACCAUUCAACAAGGAGUAAGAUCAGAGAAUGGUUUCUUUCUGUAAAAGAAUCAAACACUAUACCAUUUACUCUUGUGCAAUCCUGGAGGUGCUUGGAUGGAAUGCAAGCCGUUGGAAAAGUAGUUAGGAGCCGAUAUAUGUGCAUGGUCUGUAUUAAAGAUGCAACAACCAUCAAAUCUUCUAUCUCACUUUAAAACGUGAAGGAUGAGUCAGAUCAUAAAACAAGAUAUUUGAUUAUUUUAGUUUUAAAGGAAGUAUUUAUGUCAUUUGGUAACCGUGCUAAAUUUAUCUUUAUAAUUGAAGUAACCAAAGUAAUUUUAGUUUAGUUUCUAAGUUUAUUGGUAUACCAAGUUUCCAUGUUUAAUUAAAUAUUUGUUUUUACUUUUUUUGUCUCAGAUAAUGAGAUUGUUGUAUCUUGUUCCAGUUGGCUGCUUCCUAAAAUGAUGUGCAUUAAAGGUUAAUAAUAAAGUUAAUGCUCUAUUCAGAAUUUAGUGCUGAAAAGUUUUUAAAUUUGGCAAACUUGAAGAGAGAAUAUAAUUUUUUUUUUAGUUCCAGUGAAUCUGUAAAUGACAUUGAGGGGCGAAGAAUUCUUUCCACCCGCCUUGAAUAAUUAGUUAUGCCAGGUGCAUGGUGACUGCAUCGGUGAUUGGAAGUUAAAGUGGUGAUUUUCUGAAUGUUGUCUCAUUCAAGUUGCCUGUUCUUUCCUUUUAAAUAGAUGUGUAGUAUAUAUUCAAGGAAAAUGUUAACUGCACUUUGAGACAUUAAGAUUUUGGACAGGGAAAAAAAAUAAAAACAACCAUUGCGUGGAAAAUUUGAUUUCAAAUAUUAAUACAGAUGGUCUUUUUCUUUGGCAUUUCAAGAAUAGUAUCUUAUACUAAUAGAACAUAGAACAGUACAGCACAAGAACAGGACCCUUUGGCCCCAAUGUAUGUGCUGAGCAUGAUGCCAAGUUCAUCUCUUAUCUAUCUGUGCAUAAUCCAUAUCCCUCCAUUUCCAGCAUAUCCAAAGACACUUAAAUGCCACUAUUGUAUCUGCCCCCACCCACCACACAUGCAGCACGUUUCAGGUACCCACUAUGUAAAAAUAAAAACUUGACCUGCACAUUUCUUUUAAACUUUGCACCUUAAAACUAUGCCUUCUAACUAUCCUAUCUAUACCACUUACAAUUUUAUAUACUUCUAUCAGGUCUCCCCACAACCUCCGAUGUUCCAGAAAAAACAAUCCAAGUCUAUCCAACCUCUCUUUGUUGGUAAUGCCACUUAAUCCAGGUAUCAUUCUGGAAAACCACCUUUGUACCCUUUCCAAAGCCCCCACAUCCUUUCUGUGGAGGCUUUGGGGAGACCAGAACUACAUGCAAUAUUCCAAGUGUGGCCACCCAAAUUCUUAUAAAGAUGUAAUGUUUUUUUUCCAAAAUAAAUUAAUUUAUUCUCUGGUACAGCA